AUGGUGGCGGCGAGCCAGGUCAUAUCUCACUUGUCAUGCUUUGAGAGUCAUCUGCCGACCUGUUUGGACGUGUGUUGCUCGUGCGUGAAAGGUCCCUCCCUCUACCUGCACUAUGAUGCUGCUGACAAUUUUGUGCAGGCGCGCAUCGGCCGAAGGACUCGCACGAUACCUGUGCGAUCUUUGUGGUCGUGUCGCGAGGUGUUGGAUGGGAUGAAGGACUUUUGGCUCUACGACCCAUUCCAAGACUAUCCUUACUUUCGUUUCGCCGUGCCGCGGCGUUGCCGGGUCCGAGCCGGACGGUGGCUCUAUGUGCCGCUUUACUGGUGGCAUGCUGUACGCAGUGGGCCUGGCAGAACGGUGUCAUUGGCGCACUUCGCACACAGCACAAAGAAAAAGAAAGGCAUCUUCGAGAAGUUUCUGUGUGCCUCAGCUGAAGUGAACCAAGCGUUGGAAAUUUCAAGCUUCGCGACAGCAUCGUUUCUGGAUACACCGCGGAAGUGA